UAUCAGUAACUUAAACCCCCGAAACUCCACCUUCCGGGCGCGCGGCGCGGAGCCGGGCGGUGGGAAUGGAGCGAGCAGAUUGAGGCCGCCGCUGCAGCGCCGCCGGCAUGAACUUGGCUGCGAGCUGAAGCGGCCGGAGGCGGGCGGGCGCGGGGGCACCGGCCGCUAGCCAGAGGUGAUCUGCAAUCGGGCCGGGCCGCUCGGCGGGCGCCGGAGGCCAGACUGCCCGCGCCGGUGGCCGCCCGCCCCUCGGGCACUGCCCCCGCCGCCGCCGCGGGAGCUCCGCAGCACGCCCUGUGUCUAGGUCGUUUGCGAAGCGCCUUGGAGAGUCAAGAAUAAAAUUGCAGGUCAAACAAUGGAUGACUGGAAAAGUCGGCUUGUAAUCAAGAGCAUGCUUCCCCAUUUCGCCAUGGUGGGAAAUCGUCAGGAGCCCAGAAAGCUCCAGGAAUCGCCACAGGGAACCAUUAAGAGGAGGCAGGAAGGAGAAACUUUCCAGCUUUCAGGCAUGGCCGAAGGAGGUUACCCUAAUAAAAUUAAGAGACCAUGCCUUGAAGACGUCACGCUUUCGAUGGGCCCCGGCGCCCAUCAUCCCAGCACAGCCUGUGCAGAGCUGCAGGUUCCUGCGUUACCCAUGAACCCUGGCUCUGCAGCGAUGGGAGCGGCUGGUCAUUCAUUACUUCUCGAAAAUAACCCCAUGAACGGCAGCGUAAUGGGCUCACCGUUUGUGGUACCACCAACUGCGGAAAUGGGACUGAAAGGCCCCCCUCUUUCUUACUAUGACAAGACCAACACUGUGCCUGCUGUGGACCAGGAGCUUCAAGAUCUGCUGGAGGAGCUAACAAAAAUUCAAGAACCUUCUCCGAGUGAGCUCGACCUUGAAAAAAUCCUGGGGAGCAAGCCGGAAGAACCGCUGGUCUUAGAUCACCCCCCGGCAACCCUAGGCGUGACUCCCAAGCCUGCGGUUCAGAUGCCACACUUGGAGAGCCUUGGUUCCAGCAAGGACUUCGCUUCAAGUUGCAGCCAGGUCCCGGGGGUGUCGCUUCAAAUCCCGCCCUCCUCUGCGGGGAUCAGCUACGUCAUUCCCUCCACCAGUAAGCAGAUGGUCUCCCCCAGUUCUUCAACAGCACAGGCCAAGAGCCAGGUCCAGGCGCCGCUCCCUGCGGCUGCCUUGCCACCGCUCCCGGUGCCUCAGUGGCAUCACGCCCACCAGCUGAAGGUGCUGGCAGCCAGCAAGCAGGGCUGUAGUACGAAGCAGCAGGGCCCCGCUCCCAGUUGGUCCGGCCUGCCUCUUCCCGGCCUCUCCCCGCCUUACCGCCCGCUGCCCUCACCACAGCCGCUGCAGCCGUUCAGCCCUCAGGGCCUCAUGGUGUCCUGCAUGUCAUCGAGCAGCCUGCCGGCGAGCGCUCUGCAGGGCUCUCCCAAUGCCUUAUUGUCCAGUGUGGCGCCCAGCAGCGGCGCUGCCCUGGGGCCGGCCAUGACCUAUGCCCCCGAGAAGCUCCCCAGCCCCGCGCUCCAGCAGCAGCCGCAGUUCAGCCCGCAGCCCUCCAUCCUUGCCAACCUGGUGUCCUCCACCAUCAAACAGCCUCAAGGGCACCUGAUAUCCACUCUGCCCACCAGCAACCUGGGGCCCUCCACUCCCUACCGCCCAGAGAAGCUGUCCAGCCCCGGGCUGCCGCAGCAGUCCUUCACCCCACAGUGCCCCCUGAUCCGCAGUCUCACUCCCACCAGCAAUCCGCUCGGCCCGCAGCAGCCGCAGCUGCAGCUGCCGCCACCUCCGCCUCCGCCAGCCAGUACCGUCCUCAAGCCCAUGGCCACCAGCUCGCCCAGAACCCUGAGCCUGAUCAUGCAGCAGGGGCUGGCCGCCCCCAGCCCGGGAGCCCCGGAGCCUUUUCCUUUCGGCCACACCAAGCCCUUGUCACAUUUCGUCUCUGAGCCGGGCCCCCCGAAGAUGCCCUCGGUGCCCGCCGCGUCUCGGCAGCCUGCCCUGCUCCACUACCUGCAGCAGCCGACGCUGACGCCGGCCUCUUCUGCCACGGCCUCGUCCACGGCCACAGCCAGCCUGCAGCUGCAGCAGCAGCCGGACGCCGCUUCGUUCCUUCUGCAGCACGUGACGCAGCAGCCGCAGCGUGUUCAGCGGUCGGUGGCCUCGGAUUCCAUGCCUUCUCUGCCCAGACAGGCCUGUUGCCAGCUGUUUUCGUGGACUUCUGCAGCUGGCUUGGGGGAGUGCCAGCUUCAGCACUGGAGCCCUUAUCCUAGCAGGAAAGAGCCUCAGCCCGGAGCCGUGUCACCGUCUAACAUUGAUUACACCGGUCCGCGAAGCGCCUGCUCCCAUUCUGCUCCACUUGAAUGGGUGGCUGCAGCCCCGUUCCCAGCUGCUGCCGAAACAGAACUGCCCGCACCGUCGGGGCAUCUUCUGCUGCUGCAAGAGAAGCAGAAAUCAGGUCUUAUGGCAAUGAUCCCUGAACAGCGGAGUGCAUAUCUCGCCCAACAGAUGAGUCAAUUUCAAGCCGUCCAAGAUCAAGUCACCUCCAAGUGUAGCCGGACCAAGGCAAGCUCCCCACCCAACCAACCCAUGAUGCCACCCGGAGCUGCGCUCCUCCAGAGCGCUCUGAGCCCAGGAAUGGUCCCGCCCGCCAGGCACCAGAGCCGGGAGGGCGUGGGCCUGAUGUCACCAAGUCCAGGCAAGCAGCACGGGACUUUCAGCUCCAGCCCCCUGUUUCCCACACCCUUGCGCUUGAGCCACAACCCCGCGGGCAGCCUCGGGUCCACCUGCCGGCGCACGCGGAUUCCCAAGGCCGCCCCCACGGGAGUGCCCCUGCCCGGCUUCUGUCCCAGCCCCCUGGGCAGCCAGCCCCUGAGUCCCCACCAGCUCAGACAGCCCUGCGUGCCAAGAGUGCCCACCGUGCUCCACAACGCUGCCUGGGUGGCAGCAGCAGCAGCAGCUGUGAGCACCGCGGUGUUGAGGGGGCCACCCCCGAGGCAAGCAGCCCAUGGCGUCCAGCAGCAUUUCCAUAGCAACUCCCUCUUUGCCAAGGCCCCCGUGAGAGUCCCCCAGGGAGCCCCAGUGUUUCCAUCACAACAGGCAGUUGUGUCCCCCAGUCAGGUGGCCCCGGGAGGCAGACCCAGCCAGAAGGUGGGCGCUGCCCCCGCCAACCCCAGCUUCAGCCUGCUGGGCCACCAGAGCCUCAGACAGAGCCCGCUGCGGGGUCCCGUGCCUGUGCUGCACGCCACCAAGUCCCUCCAGCAAGGCAUGGCCAGCUUCAGGCCCGUGAGUCCCAUCCAGGGCAUCGAGCCACCAAGCUAUGUGGCUGCCACCACCGCCGCCGCCUCCACUGUCGCUGCCAGCCCGUCCCCUGGUCCCUUCAACAGCGUGGGGAGCCCCCCUGAGUUGCCACCCUAUGCCUUGUUGCCCCAGGCCUCACUGAACGAUCUCAUUUCACCCCCUGACUGCACUGAGGUGGAUUUCAUCGAAGCUCUCUUGAAAGGCCCCGGCGUGAGCCCAGAUGAAGACUGGGUGUGCAACCUGAGGCUGAUCGAUGACAUUCUAGAACAGCACGCUGCUGCCCAGACUGCCGCAGCCCAGAGUGCCGGCCACAUCCCUGAGCAGGCUGGCCACAUCCCCCAGAAUGUUGGCGAGCUUUAAAUGCCCAGAGAAACCUCCACGGGGCCAUCACUCCGGGGAGCGGUGUGAGUCCACAGCAAAUUCGCAGCUGGUCCCACGUAGCCACACGCUUGUUGCCUCAUUACGAUUUGAGGGGCGUCAGCCCACGCCCACCCCUCUCGCUACCUGUGACGAAAUGGAAAGCUGGUGAUUUUUCAAGCUACCUGUACAUAUCUGAACAUUUUGUAAAUGGUUUUCCUAAACAUUCACGACAGAAGUAUUUAUACUUCGUUUUGUGACUUUGUAAAUAAAGUGACGGCUUUCCUUUCAGUAGAGCUGUGUUCAUUAUGCAUUGUCUGUGUUUAUUCUACAUUGUUGCAAAUACGCAGACUGUGUCGCUCACUCCAGCCAUACCUUAUCAACCAGGUGGUGGAGUCACGUACGCUUUAGAUGCAGUGGUGGAUGUGAUCAAGAGGUGUUGUGCAAACUGACAAAUACCAAAUCGAAACUCACUUGGCCAUGUAUUUCCAUUUCCACUAAAACUUCUGUCGCCCUGUGUGGUUCUUAACCUCUUUCGCAAACCUUUCAGUCUCUGCUAGCUCCUUCCUGACGAGCAUAUUACAGCACAAGCCGUUUUAUCGUUAAGUGCCCCUCAGAGGAAUUAUUUGCCCGGAGGCCGGAGAGUUCUGUGGAUUUGGGAGAAGCAAGGAGGUAAUGUGUGAGCUGGGCACCGUCUGAGGAUCUUGAGUCUCCUCCCUUUAUCCCUCAGACGGUUGGCACUACUCCAGCAGCACCUUGCAGGGUGGAGGUGAGAUGUUCCCGGUUUAAAGCCUUUCGGUAUUUGUUUUGAUGUAAGGCUCUGUGGUCUGGGGGAAAAUGGGUCUGUAAACAUUAAUUGUUGAUUCGGGCUUUGUCUUUGAUGGUUUCUAUCUGCAAUUAUCGUCAUGUAUAUUUAAGUGUCUGUUAUAGAAAACCCACACCCACUGUCCUGUAAACUUUUCUCAGUGUCCAGACUCUGUGUAAUCACAUUUUAAUUGCCACCUCGUAUUUCGCCUCUACAUUUGAAAUCUGGCGUCUGUUUCCAACCAGUGCGUUUUUUCUUCGUACUGUAAUAAACAACCAGG